CCCGGAUCAAUCUCAAUAUCGAAUCUUCUCGUGGCGACCACGUGCCAGAUCGUGGAGCAUAAAUACCUGCAAUAGUUCGGAGCCCUGUCAUGCACAUCCGCCUAUCAUCCAAACUAUUCUUUAGAACAAUCUUAAGUAUCAGCAAUUGUCAUACCUGCCAAUCCAAUCCAAGACGACUGUACGGCAUGUUAUACUCUGCCAAAAACACCGUGCUCCGUCGCGAACCCGAAUCCUCUUCCACAUCCGCAUCUGGCAUUUCCACGCCCUCAAACUCCAAGCGCAUCUUCGCACCUACAGGCGGCUCUGACACGCCCGGAAAAGCAAUCCAGUAUUCCAAUGGUACCCUUGAACUCUCCGAUCUCUCAGCUUCUCCGCUAGACCAAUUCCACGCUUGGUUUGACGCCGCCAAGGCUGCCGAGGUGUACCAACCGGAAACUGUGACACUGGCUACUGCAUCCCUACCCGAUGGCAAAGUAAGCGCAAGAAUCGUGUUUAUGAAAGAGCUAGAUGAGCGAGGGUUCGUGGUGUAUUCCAAUUGGGACACGAGUCGCAAGGCCGCCGAUGUGCGGUCGAAUCCCCAGGCUGCAUUGACGUUCUGGUGGCACGAGGUCGAGCGCCAGGUUCGAGUCGAGGGACGUGUGGAGCGCAUGAGCGAUGAGGAAGGCCAAGUUUACUAUGAUACGAGGAUUCGCGGCAGUCGGAUUGGAGCAUGGGCAAGUCCACAGAGCCAGGUGUUGGAUGGGCGCGAGGAGCUGGAGAAGAGGGUUAGAGAUGUGGAGGCGAGGUUUGAGAAGGAGGAGAAGAUCCCGAUUCCAGGGUUUUGGGGUGGAUUGAGGGUUUUGCCGGAGGUAGUGGAGUUUUGGCAGGGGAGGGAGAGUAGGUUGCAUGAUCGGUUUAGGUAUACGAGGGUUGACGGGGAGGAAGGAGGGGAUGGGGAGUGGAGAAUUGAGAGGUUGAGUCCUUAGUAAGGGAGUUUGUAAGAAAAAAGGACCUUGGGGGUGUCCCCUUGGAAGCAUGCAUGAUUUGGAGUUCGACAAGACUAGAACUCCCCAGAGCAAAAAGUGUUUUUCCAACAAAAUGUUUUCUUUUUGGGCAAUUUUCAAUCAUAUAUCAAUACAAAGUAGUACCUUAAUCAAGCUCCG